UUAUCGCUUUUAAAAAAUUACAAGUUCUGUGUUGAAUUUUUCGUAAAGAGUUUGGAAUAUUCUCACAGCCAAUUUUUUUGUAUGCCGGAAGCUGCAUUUAAGUUGUCCUCGAGUGCUUCGUAGAUUAAAAGAAACGAGGACAAUUGACACUACGCUUCGGAUUGAAAAUUGCAUAUUUUUCGACUUGAAAAAGUGUCUGCUCUUGGAAAGAAACUAGGAACAAUUCUAUAAACGUGAUUUUUGUUCAAUCAAUUUCGAAUCUCCAUUAAGUUGUUGCGAUUGGGAUAAAAUAAUUGCCGUAAAUAAUAUGUGUUCAGUGAUAAUCUAAACUUAAUUCUUGUAAACUGUAAGAACGCGGUUGGGAAUUGUGUGUAAUUUUCUCAUAAGUGCGUCUCAUUUGAUCCGGAAGAAUUAAGCUUCCGUUCGUAUAUACAUUGAAGUGACACAUAUUCAAUUUCAGGUACUAUUUGUUCAAUUGUAUUCAAUAUUUUUGUGCGCUGGCUUACCUUUCAAGGAUUUUACCUCAAGACUGGCGACAGAUUCAAGCCAGGCCAUUAUGAAAUGGGUGUAAAGGAGCCGCUAGGACAGGUCACUCUUGUUUAAUGAAAUUAAAUCCGCCAAAACAGACACUAGCGCUAGAUCAUGUCUCCACUGACGAGGAAUAUUGGUCAUGAUGGACCAACGCUCUAUCAAAAUUACGAGAACGUAGGGGAUGAAACAACAGACACAGACAAAAAUAUAACUAUGACCAGUGAAGACUUACUACAACCUGGACAUGUUGUCAAAGAACGGUGGAAAGUGGUCCGAAAAAUUGGCGGAGGGGGUUUUGGAGAAAUCUACGAAGGUCAAGAUUUGGUAUCCAAGGAGCAGGUAGCACUGAAAGUGGAAUCUGCUCGUCAACCAAAGCAGGUUCUCAAAAUGGAAGUUGCUGUCCUCAAAAAAUUGCAAGGCAAAGAACAUGUUUGUCGAUUCAUAGGCUGUGGUAGAAACGAUCGGUUUAAUUAUGUUGUGAUGCAGUUGCAAGGGAAGAACUUAGCAGAACUUAGGCGUGCUCAACCGAAGGGUGCUUUCUCUUUGUCUACAACUUUGAGGCUGGGCGUUCAAAUUUUGAGAGCCAUCCAGAGUAUUCAUCAAGUCGGUUUCCUGCACAGAGAUAUCAAACCUUCCAAUUUUUCAAUCGGUUUAAGAGGCUCAAAUGCAAGAAAAGUCUAUAUGCUAGAUUUUGGCCUUGCCAGACAAUAUACAGUUGCAUCUGGAGAAGUUAGACCGCCUCGUGCUGCAGCUGGUUUUCGAGGGACUGUUCGUUAUGCUUCUAUCAAUGCUCAUAAGAACAAGGAAAUGGGACGGCAUGAUGAUCUUUGGUCGUUAUUCUAUAUGUUGGUCGAAUUUGUAAACGGUCAGUUACCAUGGAGAAAAAUCAAAGACAAGGAACAAGUAGGCUUAAUGAAAGAAAAAUACGAUCAUAGACUCCUUCUGAAACAUUUACCAUCUGACUUGCGGCAAUUUUUAGAACACAUUCAGAGUCUAGGAUAUGCUGACGAGCCAGACUACAACAUGUUAGCAGGGCUGUUUGAAAGAUGCAUGAAAAGGCGAGGAGUCAAGGAAAGUGAUCAAUAUGAUUGGGAGAGAACGAUGCCAAUAACCGUACAUAACCUUGAUGAAACUCAAAACCCGACAGCACAAGUCAUCAACAACACCUCUCCCGCCAUUAUAACUAGGCCGCUAACCACUUCUGUCGGACCAGGACAGAAUAACCAACUGAUAACCACGACACUGGAUAACGACCAAGAAAAUAUCGAGCCUGAUAAUAAGAAGGAGCUUGAAGCGCAAUUAGAUUUAGAAAACAAACGGAAAUACAAGCAAAUGCAUCGUAAUCCAAUUGACUUACAAUCAGAGGAAGGCUACAAGCAAAUCAUGGACAGGCUAUGGCCGGCUGAACAACAGGACGGCGCCCCAAUCAAUCAGACUGGUUCUCCCAAAAAGUCCUCACAGAGACGCGCAGUGUCAAUGCCUGGUCUUGAACCAAACCAAGGUUCAACUCCUCCAUCUUCGCAGCAACAACCAAAUGCGGAUAACGCGGACGUAGAUGGCGAUGCAGUCAUGAUCUCAGCUCGCAGCCAGUCAGAUGCGAUCCAUCGCAGUAAGACACAGUCUCAUAAUCAGAAUGUUAAGAAGUCUGACACAACAAUCGGAAGAAUACGUGUAGUAACAGCCCCUCCAUCUCUGCUUCAGGACCGCUCGAAACAGAGACUUUCGGUCGAUAGCCCGGCUGGUGAUACUGAGUCGAUCAACAAUCUGAUCCCCAAAAAUGAGUCGGUAACAGAAUUAGAUGCUUCUGUGUACUCCUGUGAUAACAAAGCGGGCACUGUGAGUAACUACCCUACAGAAAGCACGCGGCCUACAUCCGCUGCCAACAACAAGGAGUUGCGCGUUGUCAGACGGCAACCUGUGAAUAGACCGCUCUCCGGCCGGUCGUUUGUAAAUAGAGAUGCAUCCUUUACUCAAUUUGCUGUGAUAGAUGAUGAUAAUGUUUCUGCCAUGCAACAAGUCACUAGAGGAGGUGGCGGUCUAACCUUAGCCUCUCAGUGGAAAUCCCAAUUCGAUGACUCAGAAGAAACUGAUAAUGAGUGGAAAGGAGAGAACCUUCAAAGUCCCGAACAUAUGAAAUACAACAUUUCUCAAGUUGCACUGUUAACAGAGUCCACCAAUCCAAUAGCUGCAGAACCCAAGCAGUCUAGUCAAAGUAAUCCAAUUCUACUAGCCGGCGCUCUGCCUACCAUAGAACUUUCAAAAAUUAGUGAAGACUCCACAAAGAACACAGAUAAAAAAUCUCAGCAAACUCGAGAAAAUGGCAAUAUCAAAACUAGUUUAAAAAGUGAUAAUAGUCGGAGAAGUAAAGAAAGAAGCAAGUCACCUGCCUCAAGGUGCCUAAACAUAGCGGGGAUUGAAAAAUUUAGCGAACUUCAGCCUUCUUUACCCAGAGCUUGGAGUUUACCAACUGUAAAUACAAAAAUAAGAUCGGGUUUAGAGCCACCAUUACUUCAGCAAGCAGCAUUUGAUGAUAUAGUAUACGAGCUUGAUGUCAUGCGGAAUGUUGCUGUACGUAGAUCUCAAAAUGAUGAACAUGACAUUGAUAGGCGGCCAAGUUUACCGGUAGUUUUGUCUAAUUUCCAAAUGGAUGUGUCAAAGCUUGAUAAGCCGUCUGAAGAAGAUGUUAAAUUUCACAAAACAUGCAAUGGAACUUUAGGAAACCACAAAGUUUCUGGUGGAGACAAGGAUGACGAACACUACUGGGAAUCAUUAUUGACAGCAAAAACAAACACCGAUGAUGAUCAGCAAGAAGGUGAUAACGAAAUGAUUCCAAUAGCAGGAAAACUGAAAAUUUGUGUUGCUAACAGAAAUCGAUUCAACUCUGAUCUCUCAGGAAACCUAAAUAACAAUGCUGCAGCUUGUAAGAAAUUAGAAGUCAAUAAAGUAUCCAACGGAGACUCAGUAAGUCCUGGCAAAGAUGAAUCAUCGGUGUAUUUUGAUGCAAACGAAGACACCACGAAACAAAUAACUCUGUCUCCUGUCCUAGAAAAUGACUCCAACUCUCAAAAUGCAGAAAUGAGGAAAAAAAUUUUGAACGCUAAGGGUAGUAAAAUCCCAGUACCAGUUGGAGGGAGUAAAAGUCCCAGAAACAGUGGCAUGUGCCAUUGCACAGAUAGCCCCAUCGAUGACGCCAGGUACUCUGGAGAUAAUCUUGUGAAUGCGGCUGCUGACAUGUUAUCUAAUAUCCUAUUAACUAAGCACACUUGGUCGGAUACUGGAGGUGACAUGCAGUUGACACCAGCUUUACGCCGCCGGCGACAGACGCAAGAUAAAUAUGUCACUGAUGCCUCUCAGUUGCCUCUCAGAUUUACACGCCCCCAAGAAAGACGCAAUAUUAGGUCUAGACCAAACCCAACAAGUAACACUAUAAGUGGAGCAAGUAGAGGAACAUCUGUGAUCCGAGGUAUCCCAUCUCAUCUUCUCUCAUCGCCUGGCGGUGAAGAAAGCAGUGAACAAGAAAGUGAUUCAUCUGGUGGCUAUCAGCACCCAUUUCCGCCUCCAAUAUCUGAACUUAAACAGACUGAAAAUGAUCCAAGGUGCCGUAGGUUUCAACCUGUAGCGGUCUCUGAAACUCCUCUUCAUGAAUCCUGAGUAUUGCCUUCAAGAUCCUACGUUUCUGCUAAAAUAAUAAUGUCGCUGACAUGGAAUGCCUUUAAGGUAGUUGAACACUCGUUUUUUGUGGAAGUCUUCUCUCAAAUUUUGUGAAUACUUGAGAACUUAUCAGUUUUUAUCGGAGUCAAAUGCUUGUGCCUGUCCGUUUUGUGUGUUUAUCAUCCAUGCUAGUCAAAAUAUAUUUAAAGUCUAUACAUAGUUUAUAAAUUAAUUUAUUCAUUUUUAAUCAUGCAACAAAGUCUCCCUUAUCGAACAGGAUACUGGCCCUUUGUUAACAACCGCUCACAAAACAAGCAUGUCUUUUUUUUGUCUUUUUUUUUUACAAUUUUGCUCUAAAAGAUCACCUCUGAGCGGCUGAAGUAGCUUUCCAUUUAUUUAUCAAAGUUAAUUUCUCUGGAUUUUCCGCAAAUUUAUUUUCAGUCAUUAAUAUGAUUGGGAUGAAAUCGACAUUAUCCUUGGUUUAAGAAAAUCAUAAGUAAGCCGAACCUACUUAGAGCAUUAUUUUGUUAGUUUUUAGAACCAUUAACAGUCACAUAAUUACAAAUUCAGUUCAGUAAUUUUAUUUUCUCAAAGAAAUAUCAUCCUUGUCAGAAAUUAAUGUCUUUUUACUGUAGACUCCAGUUUUGUCUCUCGCCUCCUCUAAUUUUUUAAUGUUUUUCUCUAUUUUAUUCCUCUUCUUUUUCUCAUUUGAAGCUACUUAUUACUUUAAUUUUAAUGAGAGGAAGCUCAAAAUAAUAUGUAAAACUGGAGCCAAGAGAAUGCAAAAAUUACUUUGAUAUCUGAGACUAUGUUGUAGCUUGCAUUGCUUAAUUUGAUUGAGGAUUGAAAUUGUAUAGUAACUAGUAAAUAUAGUUGCUUUUUUUUCUGGCCGUCAGGUUUUGUAAAUAAUAUUGCCUAUAUUUAUAAAUUUUGUUAAUCAAAUAAUGAUUAAUUUGUAAGUAUUAUGAUAGUUUUAAAUGUUGAAACUGAGAUGUGUUGUUAGAAACAAUUGAAAGAGAUCUCUGAAGUGAGUGUGAAACAAGGAAAAAUCAAAUUUAUGUCCAGAUUUCUAGGCUCAGUUGUUAAUUUUGUCACGUGAUAAUCCAGGUAUUUAAUACUGUCAAUGAAAUUCUAUUGAAUUGUAUCAUGGCUAUCCCACAGAACUUAUUUGAAAUUAUUCUAAGUGCGGAAUGUAAACGAGGUCUCGAUUUGUUUUUAAAUUUGCUCAUCUAAGAUAUCGGUGCGAAAUGACCUGAUUUAACUUCAUGAAGUUAAAUAAAAUACUCACUGUUGUAACCUAUAAAUAGCUUGCGAUUAUUAAUUCUGAUUCGAUUUCUCUCCAUAAAAUGUUUCUUAACUUUUGUUAAUGCACUCCAAGAAUUAUAUACUGUGAAAUAAUUUCAUUGAUUACUCACAACUCACUCUGAAUUUUAUUGAUCAAUACGUUAAUUUCUUCGUUAGACUAUUCUAUUUUGUAGUCCAAUGGGUCAGCUGUGUGAAUUUUAGAAUCGUAUUUUAAUGCUUGAUUCUUGUAGAUAGCUAAGAAUCUUAAGGUCUAACCCAGCACCAAAAUUUUACAUUCAACACAAGUCGAUACAUAACAUUAUCUACCAUUUUUUUGAAGGGUAAUUUGUCUGUUAAUAGUGCCAUGAAAGCGUAGAUUCCGGACGGGUCUUAAUGAUUUUUGCUAGUCCAUAAGAAACAAUAAUUAAAAUAAAAUUCUGUGCCAAGAGCAACUGAUCCAAUCGUAGUUGAAAGUAGUUUAAAAAGACGGAGCAAAUACCUAAGUUGUACUUUGUAAUUUCUAUUAUCUUCCUCUACUUAUUGAGUUUGUAAAAAAGUAAAGAAGUCAACGUUAUUUUUGUACCGGUCGUCCUGUACUGUCUGAAGUAACUAUUAAUUUAAACUGUAUAUUUACAGUGUAUUUAGUUCUGUGUGCAUCGUCUGCUGUUGCUUAGCUCCGCUCAACAUAUCUCUAGAGUUAAUUCUCGAUUGUUUUCCUCCUUGCCUUUCCUUCGGCCAUCCAAUUGUCAGGGGCAUUUCAAUGAACUAGUCAAUAUCUCGAUCUUUGCUUACUUUCUAAUCUAGUAUGGAAGCUCUGUUACUGAAUCGAAGUAAGUCUCAGGCCUUGUUGAAUUGCUUUAAGUUGCUACUGAUAAUGUGGCUGAAUGUCUGUACUUAAAAUCUCUAGGCGUAGUCUUCAAAGUUUUUUCUUCUUAAGAUUAAUGGUAUAAAAUUGAAGGUUGUUUUUUUUUUUUCUUUUGUUUUCAUUUUGGAUUGUAAUGUUCCUCAUUUGAGCUUUGAACAAAUUCGAGUAAAGUUAUUUCCCAAAAUUGUUGUAAUUUUAUGUUUCAAAGCUCUGCAGGUUUGAAUAUUCUUUUUUUAUCAUAUUUUUUUUUUCUAUCUGUACAGAGACCCUGGGAUUGUACCUCCUUUUUUUGAGGAGUGGUUAAUUUUAUUUUAAUUGUGGUAAUAAUUAACUUCCUCAAUUGUCGAACCCAAGCUCUCGUGUAUUUCACUCUACUGCGAACAUACCUACUUAUCUAUUUAUUCAAAGACUUAGCAAUUUGUGAAGUCUUGUUUCAUUUUAAAGGAUAAAUCAGCCUCUCUUUGGUUAAUUGCUUCAUUUGUUAAUUUUGUGCCACUAAUAGUUCUUAACUUACAAUGGUUUUUAUUUAAUGAUGAUUUUAGCCAUCCCACCGCUGAUUUCUGCCAUACGCCUAUCUUGUAUGUUUCUUAAAUUUUCCUGUUACAAUUUCAGCUUUGCUAAAUCUUAAGUAAUUAUCACUCAACACAACACUUUUCAGCGAAAGUGUUUGCCUCACUUUUGAUCAUGAAAUUCAAUGCAUCAAAAUCAUAUCAUGCAUUAAAUACAGUCUGUUGAAGUUACCCAAUGUCAGCUGGCUCGGUCACCCAUCAAACUUCUAGACAUCCGUCGCUAAAAUUUACUUUUCUUAUUUUUACUUCAACUAGUCUGUGAUUUGUUUCAAGGGUUUUUUUUUUUUUAAUUUUUUCCAUCUCUGUGCAGUUAGGUUCUUCUUUCAUGUUGUGAUAUUAUUUUAUACUUUACGUUACAGGAAUCACUGUGGUAAAACUUGCUAAUAUUAUUUGUAUUCUUAAGGAUCCUGUUGAUUCGCUAAAAUAACAGCUCUAUUUUUUUUUUAUUUUACUCUUUUUCUUUGUUAUUUUCCAAUUAUCCAUCUUCCUUGUAGUAGAAGCCUUACUUUCCUUUUUCUUUCUGUCUAAUUAAAGUGAUCAGCCAAAAGAAAUUUAAAGUACCAAAAUGGUGGAUGACAAUUCAAUUCAGAUUCAAUGGUUUUCAUUCAUUAGUCCUGUAUUCAUCGUACGAUUAUUUUCCUUCAAACCCCACUCAAAAGUCCUUUUUUGAACAACUAGUUGAGUCAUUUUGACAGCUAACGGUUGUUCCGUUAACGUUAGAAAAAAAAGUAUUUUAGCUUUGAUUUUUUUUAAAAAUGUUUUUAUUUUUUUUUCGUAGUGUUUGCUGAAAGUUGCUCAGACGAAUCUGGAUUUACUGAAGUCUUUUCUUAUCAACUGAUCGUUCAACUCUAAAAUCUGGAGGCAGAAUAUUUCAAAUGUGAUUCUAAUUAUUUUCGAUGCUCCCCUUUCAAAAGAUUAUUAGGAUGAGAAACUUCCUUCGGUGAAUGCAACUGUAGGAUAGUAACGGAAUUGAGGUUUGAAAUAAAAUAUCGAACAGCUAUUGUACAAAAUCCUGCAUAACAAUCGUACAUACAGUUUGAAAUUGUACCAUCUUUCUCCUUCUCACUGAGCGCAUUUUUAGAUGCAAGCAUGUUUUUACUUGAUGUAAAUGUCGAAAUCAUAGGCAAGUUGCCAGCAAUAUUGUUGCAAUAUCUUGACAAUAUAUCACUACCAGUCCCAGAGAAUGGAUUACGUAUUAAAAUAAAUUGCACAUAGACAAGGGCCUGAAUUUUGUUGACAGGUUUACGGUGUGCGGUUGGUCGCAAGUUGGAGUAAGAAUGUUGACUUGGUCAUUUGAUCGCUGAUUAAUAGUUUGCAUCGCUAAAAAAUUCAGGGUAGUUCAUGCUAUGAAAAAGCUCAACUUGAGUACAGCGUGACUUUAAAAUAUAAUUUUUCCAACAUGAAGUUAAAUCUAAAAGUUAGGUUUCGCAACUUGCGGUUGACCGCAGCCAACAAAAUUAGGGCCAAGUGCCGCAUCAUAAUCUAAAGCCUGCCAAGAAUUAUAUGUAGAAGACGAACAGAGCAUUGUUUUCUUUCUCCUUUUGUAUUAACCAUCAGCAUAAAAUUUGGGAACUAAUGUGUCGAAAAUUUAGAGCUUUUCCCUCGAAUGUGACUGAAACGUUAUCUGACGAAGCAAUUCUCUUUUUCCAUCCUUUUUGAAUGAUGAACUUUUUUAGCUAGAUUAUAGUUUGAAAGCAGCCUAAAACAAGGUUUUGCUCAUUUAUGUUGUAUUUUUCAAGGGAAGCAAUAAGAGACCUGCUGUAUACAUGAAAGCGUGCCCUUGAGAUAAUCAAAAUAUCUUCCUCUUGUCCACAUGUCAGAUUACCAUACUCUCAUUUUCUUUCUCGGGUGAUGUUUUAUUUUAGUUACCUACUUCAUUAUCUGGAUCAGCCAACUUCGCAAAUAUCUAAUGCCAAGCUUCUCUGUUCAGUCCCCAUCACUGACUUUAAUGAUUUUAGCAUAACUUUGCAAAAAUCCUUCACUAGUGAUUCUUAGCAAAUCAACUGUGAAAUUGUAGGAAUGCGUAUCUCUUUUGCGGUGUUUCAAAAUCUCCGCUUUCGAUUUAAUUUAUCUAAGGAAAACAAACUAACGCUGUAGCUUGAAACUUUAACAGAAUAUUCUUCGCAUUGAAACAAAAAAUAAGCGAAGUUUUCCAGAAAUGACACUGAAUAUUUUUCUUUUUAAUAAAGAAAGUAAGAUAGGAAGUUUGCAAUGUCGCAAACUGAAAUCCUCGUUCCUCCAGUUUCACCAUUGGAAUGGAGGUGAGUCAAUCAAUUGCACCAUUUUCAAUAUCUAUCUUUCAAUGCAAUACAAAACUAAGCCUUUCUUGUUAUCACAGUAGGGCACCUACCUUCCUAAUCUCAUGGUCUGAUAUAGGUAUUUGAAUCAUCUAUUACAAUUAUGCUUUGAAGAAAAUUGCACUCCUAGAGUGAAAAAUGUGGAUGCUAAAAUAAUUUUCUUUCUCUGUCAUUUUGCGGUAGGAUUACAUUCCUCUUGACGUACCUCAAGUUUUGUGCCAUGCACUUUUUAUACUGUGUAGUUUCUUUAAGAGAAACCAAGCGCUUUCUUUUGAAUAACGUGAAUCUUCCUUAGAAGAUACCUUUCUGUGGAUGAAAUAAGUCAAUAUUGCUUAGUUUAGGUUUUUCUAAAAUUGAUAAGUUGUAUAAAUUGCAGAAUUGUGUCUUUGGUUAAUACUGACCUCGCUGAGAGUAAUAUUAUUUGUCAAAGCAAAAUAUUUCCACAUAGUGUCUUUAAAAAAUUGCAGUGGAUCACAUCAUCCACUGUAUUUUAAAAAAAAUGUCCGUGUUACCUAGUUUUCAACAAAAAUUUUGCUUCAAUCUACUAUUAUCACUCUAAGCUAAUACCCAAGUAACCACCAACAAAACUCAAUUUUGUGAUUUGUGCAAUUAACUCAUGACUAACUAGAGUUGAGCAAAACACUUAGGUUUAUCCCUACGUUGCGCUGUUUCAUAAUCUCAUCUCCUAUUAUAAUUUUUUGGAAGGUAACAAAACAAUAUUUUCGCUUAAAAUUUGUGAAAAUAUCCCUCAUGGCAAGGUAAGCUGCAAAAAUUUUCAAGUGUGAAAUGGCUGGUUUCCUUUCAAAAAAUCAAAAUAGAAGAUAAGAUUUUGAAACAGCGCAAUUUAAAUGUGACUGUUUUGAUUUAUCUCUAUCCAGCUGUCAGUCUGAGAUAAUGUAUUUCUGGUUUUUCUGCAGAGGAUCCAAAUACAUUGUGGUGCCAUUUUAUGCGUAAAUCAAACGUCUGAAAUCAUGUCUACAUCCUUGUUAUGCCUUUUAAAGUUCAUUAAAACAAAGUUUAAUCAAACUAAUUAAGUACCACUGAAAUUACUAACUCAAAAAAUUGUCUCAAAGAAUUUCAAGGAGCGAAUAGACAAUUUAAGCAAAUAUCCUGUUUCUCCUCUUUUUUUUGUUCUUUUGUCAACAAUGAUAUUCUUACCUAUUUGCCUCUGCAAUUUAAGUAUCGUCCUGUCUGAAUAUCUGCGCGUUUUUAUUUCCUGCCAAAAGUUAUUUUGUCCAAGAAAAAAAAUCUCUCGUUUAACGAUCAGACAACACCUUAGUCCGUGUUGGUUAAAGCUCGUAGCAUAUUCCUAUUUUCAGAUCUUUUCUCCCUUUCUUUAAAGUUUUGAGUCUGUUCAGUUUUCAAUUUAGAACCUCAUCACCAGAAGCAGCUGUUUUACUAGUUUAUUAAUUGUACAGUAUUAUUGUUUAAUUAUUUUUAAUAAAUAGAUAAUUGUUUAAA